AUGUUCAGCAAGGGCAAGCACGGCAAGGGCAAGGGCUACACCGGUGCUGGCGGCACCUACUGGGGCGGCGGCGGCUGCAUGGGAAAAGGCAAGGGCGCGAAGGGCUACGGUUACGGCGACCGCGAUGCUUGGGCCCCGGCGUGGUCGCCAUCGCAGCAUCAGGCACCGCCUGGCUAUGAGGGCGAGGGCCGCACUUCGACACGUCGACUUCUUGGCCGCGACUCAAUGGCCAAGAAAUUCCUGCGGCCCUACGCGGCCUCUUCUGGCAACUUCCUGUACGGCGACGGUUCCGAUGUGGAGAUGCUCGCGAAGACAUGCUUGCGACAGCUUCUCACCACGGAGGUAUCGGAACUAUCCCGCCGCCCUGCAUACGGGUUUUCCAUGCUAUCCACGACCCUUCGGGCUUUCGCGGCCGGCUUGCAGAGCGACGAGGCCAAGGCGUCGGAGGCCGCUCUGGCGUCACUUUUCCAAGGUAGCCAGGAAGGCAAAGCCUUCGUGGAACGUCUCGCAAAGACCGACUUCGAGACGGCGAAGCAUCGGCCGCAAGACUGUGAGGAUGCCUUCGAGAAGAUCUUGACCUUCUUGAAGGAAAACAAGGCAAUGCUCUACGAGCACUUGGCCCGCGUGGCUGCCCAUGGAGCUCUGCUCUACGUUGGUGGACUACAUGCCCUGGACGCGCUCAUCAAAGCCGAUGGCUUGGCAGCUUGGUGCUCGCAGGUUCCCUCCGACGAGUUCCUGCAGAAAGCCUUGGACAAGUGGAAGGCGGGCGGUAAGAAGCCGGCUGCCGCGGCCACGUUCUUGGUGGAGGCGUACAGAGCACGCAAAAAGAGCGAAGCCGCCUGGAAGCAAGGUGGAGCACUCAUUCGCGGAGACGAUUCGGACGAUGCAGCCGACGAUCGCGCCCGAGCACUCUCUUCGUCCUCAUCUUCGGAGACGUCCAAGAAGCCGAAGAAGGCGAGAAAGUCCAAGAAAGACAAAGACGGUAAGAAGCGCAGGAAGAAGUCGAGUUCGUCCUCCAGCGAGUCCAACAAGAAGAAGGACGACAAAUCCAAGAAAGACAGGGGCGGCAAAGAUGACGAGAAGAAAAAGCAGAAGGACGACAAGGACAAGGACAAAGACAAGGACAAGGACAAGAAGGACAAGGACAAAGAGCCUAAGGCCGACAAGGACCAGAACAAAGACAAAAAGAAGCGAAAGUCUUCGAGCUCUUCAGGGACGGACAACAAGAAGAAGGAACGCAAGUCUUCGAGGUCCGAAGAGCCGGCUGCAGCCGUCGACAAGAUGAAGAUCCACUUCGUCUCGGCCCUCGACCUGAACGGCGCCAUCGUCGCCGACGAGACGGACCGUGUCCAUGAAGUCAAGAUGGAGGACGAUCUGACGGUCGAGGGUGCAGCGUGCUAUGUCUUAGAGGACCAGGGGAUGGCCGGCGACCUCGUCAAUUGGACGGCCCAUGUGCUGCAAGACGGCAAGUGCGUGCCCAUUGCUGCAAGCACCACACCAGCAACCGGAGCCCCCGAGGUAGUGCAAGUAUGCCGUUCCUAUGAAGGGGAGCAGAGGCGGCAGCGAAACGCACUAUCGUCCUUCUUCCGCGAUCCACCCGUCGAUAACAUGGAUCUCCUUCAACUGCAACUCAUGGACACGGGCGCUCGCGGGCGCUGUGCGCGCGCAGGACUCCAGGCGGCCGAUGCCGAAGUGUCUCUUCGUGAUCGUCUGGCUCAUGCCUGCAUCGACUUCGACUACUACAUCCUCUGGCUUCGGCGCCAGGUCGAGUUGCUCACGGUCCUGCGAGGCCUCCCUGUCUUGGGAAACGGAGCCUGCGGGGAUGCCGUGGUGGCCAUAGCCGACUUCUGCGUGCCCGCGCGACCGGUGGCGGAGCUGCCGAGUCCUCAUGACCUGGUCGCCCAUCUCCCACCCCUUCGAGCUGAAGACGGUCGCGAUUGGACGAUGCUUGAGGUUCGUAUCCUGCGAGUGCAGAACGCUGCCUUACGAGGUCACGUUCUGCGAUUGGGCGUCCUUGCACGCGACCUGGCGAACAGAGAGGGCGCUGUUCUGUAUGCGCUCGGCGGCCUGUGA